AUGCUUAUUCUAAUUUUCUUAAAUUUUAUAAUAGGCAUCUUGUGUGUGAAUAGAAAUGAGAGCAAAGUGAUUUUGACUGAUUUGUAAUAGUUAUGAAUGAAUGCUAGUUACAAUAAAAAUUCCCCAGUUUUUGUGAUAGCUCCUUAUUAUGAAUCAUACACAAUUGAUUUAUUCAAUUCUAAGGAUGUCUUAGAAAACACUAGCUUUAAUGAUGUAAAUUCCACAAACAAAAACUUGUCCUUCUAAAUCACUCCUUUUAUCGAAACCUCGUCGGAAUCCAUAGAGUAAGAAGUGUUGAUGCAUCUUAGGUAAGCAUUUUGCCCAGUCGAUGAAUGGGGACCCUUAUACCAACCGGCUCGCUUCUACCUGAGUCAAACAGCAAUAGAUCUCCUCUUUUAUAAUUAGACCAACGAUAAAAUAGUCUAAGUUUAGAACAAAUUGCACAGAGAUUUACCAGAUUUGAAUGAGAAUUUUUAAAAUAUUUCCUGCUAUUCCAUAUUCCAACUAAGAAAGAACAAUCAAUUUGGAUUGGAUUGCAACAUCAAUAAUAACGCUUCCAUCCUUAUCUUUGAUCUGGUUUUUGAUGAGAAAACGUAGAUUAUAGUCAAUUUUACAUACAACGACUACUACUAUUACAGCUACGAUGACGAGGACAACGAGAAUUUCCUCAAGAAAUGCCAAUUCAGAAAAACCAUCAAUGUUAACAUCAUGGAUGUGGCCAAUGAGAUAAAAUUUGAGUUCCUUCAGUAUUGUCCAAGUCUAUUCAACCAGAAGGCAAUCACAAAUGACUUUCUAAUCAUUUACCAUGAUAGAUUGACUCGACACAACAGAACUCUCAAAUUGGAUGCCUUCAAAGCCAACAUCACUGAUUUAAACUCCUGCAAGAUGGAUGAAAAUUCUAUGAUUGAGUAGGUCUUCAUAAACUCCUUGAUAAAUGGGUUUGAUAAUACCACUUGGAAUAUUGGGUUUCUGUUCUAGUCAUCGCCGACUAUUUGUAAAUGCAACGUUCAAGAGGCAUAUACAUCGCAUUACAACAUCAAAUGCAAUAGUACUUUGAUUGAGCGUAUUCACUUUGAUAUUUUAUAGUUUAUCAGCCAAAUCAAAUCAGAAUGGUUCAAAAUCUAAAUGACGAGGUGGUCCUAGUAACUGGAACCAACAUCGCUAUCCUCGUUAUCUACUUGGAAAGAUCGUAUGAAUCUGAAAACUUCUUUACCAUCAGUUACAAGUAGAUCUUUGAACCUGGUUACUUAUUAGUUGACAUGUCCAUCACGAGUCAAUACUUGGCUGUGAUUAUGACUGACUCCCCCUUUGCUCAGCAGAUCUCCCCCUUCUAUUCCAAGCCCAACUUAUACUGUACUAGACAGGCCUCCGGUGAGACUAAAAACAUCUUGAAGAUCUUUUACUUGAAUGCCGAAUACAAGACGGUGUAUUAUCAAUCAGACACUUUCAAUUAGUUCCAGAGUUUCUUCUAGAGUCUGAAUUAAAUAGACUUCGGAAAUUUUAUCCUAUUGUAUAACUUUUUCAAUAAGAAACUCAAUAUCAUCACCUUAUUCGAGAAGUACACUUAUCAUUCAAUAUUUAGACAGCUGAACGUAUCCUAUCUCUUGGGAUAAGACAACCUAGCCUAAACCUAUAAUCAAUAAAUAGCACCCGUCAUUGUAAUGAACUUGAAUUAUCUCAUAGAUUUCAUUCAACAUAUCAGGCGGAUACUUUGUGUAUGAUUAAUUCUAGGACACCUACCAUUACAACGUUGUGACCUUUCCCAGAUACAUCAUUUUAUGCUUCAUCAAAUUAGAAGAUAGCAGUUUUCAAUUGAUUGCCUAAAUACACAAGCUUGAAUAGAAGGAACAGCAGAAUUUAACAUAAUGUCCUAUCAGUAAGGACAUAUAUGUAUUCCAAGAAAUCAUAAACUCGAUCGACCUGUUUGAAGGGGUAAUUGUUUCAUUGAGGUUAUUACGUAGAUAAUGGGCCCAUUUUUAAACUUCAACUAUGUCCCCAAUUACAAUAUCAGUAGAUUCUACCCCUACUAUCAAAAUCACAAGGCAGUUAUUAAACAAAACCAGUUCUUCGAAAAGCACAAUCAGACAAGAUCAGUUUUCAAUGUGUUGAGUGCUGUGAAUAAAAACGUUUUCAUAACUUCAAACAUCUUUGGCAUUGUGGAGAUCCUAUUAACAUACUCGGAUAUUGGCAAAGAGCCAUCACCAAAAAAAUUAGACUCUGUAAAGGCAGUCAUCUUCAACAAGACUUGCAUCAUAAAUGCUAAGGAAUAUGUAACAAAUUGAGUCUGUAUCGUAUUUAGUAAAGCUUUGAGAAGUAGUUCCCCAUGGAUAUCGAAAUACAGUAAUGUACGGAAGGAAGAUACAGAGACCUGCAAAAAUACUUGGAUGAAGUCAAUUACUACAAAUAAUUUGAAUACUAUGACAUUGCAGUGUAAUAUCAGGAUUCGAUGUAAGCAUUGCAUUAUAGAUUUUCCUUAGUAUCGUUAUAUGCUAAAAGAUAGAGACCUUGGGAGGACGUGAAAGGUGUCAGAACAUUACAGACAUGGAAAGACCCGGGGAUAUAGUCAAAUAAUUAGUGAUUCUCUAGGGACCAAUAAAAAAUGAGAGAGUGUCUUACUUUUUUACUAUUCUUUACAAUUCUACUUAAACCAAAUUAUACUUCUAUGUUCUAGAUGUGUUUGUAAGUCAUAAUCAUGAUGAUAUUGUAGUUGCCUAGCCAAUUAAAUCCAGGUAUCACCUAUCACAACUCCAGUCUUUACAAUCUGUUGGACACUCAGAAUCUCAUAGUUUCCUUCAGAUACACAUACAUUAAUUAGCAAACCUUGUUUAUUUUGUUUUCUAGUUCUUAGAUUGUUGUAUACACUCCAGGUCCAAGCAAUUCUACAAGGGAUGUUAAAUUGUACAAUUUUACUUCUACUUUGACGAAUGUGGUGCUUAACAUACCAGAAUGUCAGAACAACAAUUAUUUAGGAUUUGAGAUUACGAAAUAUUUCUAAUCAAAAUUGGCAAAACAAUAUUUGAUAGUUUAUUGUUAGGAAAAUGCUAAUGGCAAUUUUACACCUUACAUUUUGUAGUACAUAAUUACUAACAUCAAUUAAAUCAAUUUUUGGAGAAGACUUCCACAUUAUGACACUAUUUUGAGCAAUCAAACCAUUUUGAUAUCUGGUUUGAUCUUGUAUGUGCCUGUAAUAACAAAGAGUGUGUACAAUGACUAUUUUCAAAAUUACUACAUUUACAAUUUGGAAGACUACACUGCCAGAUCGCUGGUUGAAAAGAUUGAAAUUGAGAAGAAGAAGAACGAAUCCAUUGUAAUAUUUACUGUAUCGAUUAUUAGAUAACCUAUCCGAUAAGCAACUUAAUGGAUUCAUUAAUUGCAGGAUCUUCCAUCAGUUUGACACUCAUCAUAACAGAGAAGAAGUUCGAGAUCUAUUAUCUGAAUCAGAAGGCAGAAUUCAUUUUCCAUCUGCAAUCCUAGUUUAUACCUGUGUACAACAAUUCUCCAUUUGUAUUGGUAAUCGGGGUCUUUUAACCUCAAAAGACGAAAACCAUGUUCAGGUAUGUUCAAAGCAUAUUAAUACAAGAAACUACACCUUGGUCUACAAUUUCACAAGCACCUAGAUUUCGUUUGCCUAUGAUUCUUCAGAAACAUACAAGGUGGUAAUCAAUUAGGACCAGUACGUCGAAGCAGGUGGUUUCUAUCAGUACCUCUUCUUGGUGAAUGUAAAUAUCGUACUGAUUUUGAUAGUAAUCCAUAUUCAACGGUCCUAUUGCUUCCUAUGAUCACUCCUCAAAUCAGUAGAACUUGUCAAUCAUUCCAUCGCCAUAUCUACAGAUGAAUAAAUACCUAGGGAGUUACAUGAAUGAGGUAUCGUAGUUUGGCGAGAUUACUCAAAUCAUAGAUGUGGGAGAUGAAAUCUAUAUAGGUUUGUUCAAUCAAACGAUUAAUAAUGGUAAGGUUAUUUCCAAUAAUUUAGUUAACAAUUACAAUGAAUUGAUUAUUGUCUUGACAGACUACUAUGUAUUGUUUUAUCAAAAACACUCCAUCCCAGAUGCCAAUAGAUCCUGCAUUUACUUUGAUUACACCCAAGGGUAGCAAACUACUAAUUCCUCCCUAUGUUCAAUAAGAUUGAUCCAUUAUCACUAAUUCAAACCAUUCAACUCAUUCUUGUAUUGUUAAAUGCAAUUGAAUGGAGUGAAUGUCUUAAUCAUAGUGUGUCAGUUGAAAUACUUUCACAAACUAAGCGAUAACUUGUCCUUCCAGAAUAAGGAGAACAUCUAAUAGUAUAUCUACUUGGAGUAUUACUACACCAAACAGAACAAUAACAUAUCGAUUCCAACAUUUGUAACGAAUAAUAGGUAGUUUUGCUUUUGCUACUUCAAUGACUUAUAGCCAUUCCUAUACAACAACCAAGUGUACUAGAUGAUCAAGACUGGGUAUUAACAAUUGAAUUCUUAUUUUGGAAUUUAUCAAAUAGUUCUUAAGGACAAUCAAACUAUUCAAUUCAUUCAGUAUAAUUCGUACCCCAAUCAAAAUGAUUCAUAGCCAUUUUAAUACUCCGAAGAUUUCGCCUUGUCUGUAAUUCAAUGGGAAUAGAUCCAAUAAUUAUACUUAAUAGUCUUGCAGCCCAACAACAUUUUUGUAUAGGUGAUUAAUUUGACUGAUGGGUUCCCUGCUUAUGGGCCUGGUUAAAACCUGAUCUUUUAGGAUGAUGAAGAUUACGUAAGAUUCGAAAAGGCUGUGUUCAUUCAGGCCAUCAAUCGUUUUCAACCCCAUGUCGUCAAUGAAUCUCAUAUGACUCAGACUUUGUCAGUCGGAAACAACAAUCAAAUCUAUGAGAUUGCUUUUGACGUUCAAACAUUCCAAGCCAAAUUACAAUACACUUUCUACUAAUAUUUGUUAUGUCAUCAUAACUUUUUGUCUCGACCGCAAAUUGAGCUUUCCUAUCAGAACGAUACUGUGUUUUAUAUAGUAAGCCAAUGCUUGUCCAACCAAUUUGAGUAUCAAUCCGUCUAGGUGGAAAUGACUUACCUCCUCAAUGAGUUGAAUACCAACAUAGUUUAUACAUCGCUUUUCAUAAGUAUGAUUUUAGAUUGAUUGCUACAUAGGAAACUAUAGUCGGAACUACUCGAGACCAGUGGAAAUCUUGGAACCUUAUUUGGUCAACCCUCAGGAACUGCAUUUCCAAAAAAUUCAAUUGUAUUAAUCUGAUGCCCAAGCCAAUACGUCUAAGUCGCACCUCUUAAUCACCAAUAGCACGUAUUUCUUGAUUGAUCUGAUACUGUAUGCUGAGAAUGGCUAUUAUUUGUAUUACCCAAUACUAUCAGCAAAUGACGAUAGGGUAUGUGAAUCUUAUUUAUCCAAUUUAGGAUCAUUCCGUGUACCUCAACAUUACGGCGUAUAAUUCCUACUCCAGUUGCUAGGCAUAAUUUGAAAUUGGGUGGAUUGAACAGGACAGCGAGGUGAAUAGUUUAGCAUGGUUUUACGCCAUCUUAUCCCUGUUGUUGCUGCUGAUCUUGGUGGUGAUUGUGGUGGCUGUCUAUGGGUUCUGCGAGAAAUAGAGUCAGAUUGGGAAGAAGGACCAAAACCUGCCCUUGGAGAGGAUCGGAGACGAUGAGAGUGAAUACGGGGUGGAGUUGCAGGGACCUGGUUACAAUCAACUGAUGUUGGGAGACGUGUUCAAAGAUCUAUUGAGAAACAACAAAUCGAAGAAGUAGACGGUCUCAUAUACUGAUGAAUUGUCAGAUUGAAUUAGUC